UGUACAUCCUGUAGCUGUGGCUGGGCAGUGGGAGGAGGCGGCUGCAGCAGCAGCAGAGAGGCAGAGGUUGCUGGAGGAGCUCCCCGGGCGCCUGUAUGCAGCACUAGACCGCGCACAUUUGCAUGGCACAGGCGGGGGCAGCUCAGCAGCUUUGGCAGAAAUCGCCUGCGGUGAGGGCAGCUUGGACAUAGUGAGUGUCAGUGCCUGAUGGUGGCUGCUGGCUGAGCCGCUGUGUGCAGAGGAGGGGAGAUCUCCCUGCAACGUUUAGCCACAGACACUGCUCACAGCAUCCCCUCUUUCCACAUUGCAGCUGGGCACAGGGUGCAGGAUGACCCAGGCGGAUGGCACACAGGGGGGCACUCCUCAGCCCUCCCCGCCGGAGGUGGCUGGCACCCCUGCUACGUCUCCGGGUGUGCCCGCGGAGGAGCCUGGCAUGAUCAGCGUGGACAUUGCGGGACUCUUCUACCAGUUUUCCAAGACUUUUGUGAUUAUCUUCCCCGUCUAUGUGCUGGGGUACUUCGGGCUGAGCUUCAGCUGGCUGCUGGUCGCCCUGGUCUUCCUCAUGUGGUUUAGGAAGAAUAAAGGGAAUAAAAGUUCCCGGCUGAACAGGGCUCUGGCGUUCCUGGAACAGGAGGAGAAAGCGGUGAAGCACAGUAUCAGCACGUCAGAGCUGCCAGCCUGGGUUCAUUUUCCAGACAUUGAAAGAGCAGAAUGGCUAAACAAGACCGUCAAGCACAUGUGGCCCUACAUCUGCCAGUUCAUAGACAAGCUGUUCAGAGAAACCAUAGAGCCAGCGGUCAGAGGAGCAAAUGCCCAUCUGAGCACCUUCAGCUUUACCAAGAUUGACAUGGGCCUCCAGCCAUUACGUGUGAAUGGUGUAAAAGUAUACACAGAGAACGUGGACAAAAGACAGAUUAUAUUGGAUCUUCAGAUAAGUUUUGUAGGAAAUACAGAAAUUGAUUUGGAAAUUAAGAGAUAUUUCUGCAAAGCGGGUGUGAAAAGUAUCCAGCUUCACGGUACAUUGAGAGUCAUUUUGGAGCCUUUGCUUGGAGACAUCCCAAUUAUUGGAGCACUGUCUAUAUUUUUCCUGAAGAAACCGCUACUAGAUAUUAACUGGACAGGUCUUACCAAUCUAUUGGAUAUUCCUGGUCUCAAUGGUGUCUCAGAUACAAUAAUAUUGGAUAUUAUAUCCAACUACCUGGUUCUUCCAAAUCGUAUCACUGUUCCCCUUGUGAGUGACUUGCAGAUUGCACAAUUACGGUUUCCCAUUCCCAAGGGGGUUCUAAGGAUACAUUUUAUAGAAGCUCAAGACUUAAUGUGGAAAGACACAUACAUGAAGGGACUUGUAAAAGGGAAGUCUGACCCAUACGGAGUUGUCAGGAUCGGUAAUCAGGUUUUCCAAACCAAAGUCAUCAAAGAAAAUCUAAACCCCAAGUGGAAUGAAGUAUAUGAGGCUUUGAUACAUGAGAAUCCAGGUCAAGAACUAGAGAUUGAACUCUUUGAUGAAGACACAGACAAAGAUGAUUUCUUGGGCAGUCUUUUGAUUGACUUGGCUGAAGUGGAGAAGGAAAGAGUGGUGGAUGAGUGGUUUACACUAGAUGAAGCUACUUCUGGAAAGCUUCAUUUAAAACUAGAGUGGCUUUCACCAAAGUCCACUACCGAGAACCUGGACCAGGUGCUGACCAGCAUUAAAGCUGACAAGGAUCAGGCGGAUGAUGGCCUCUCUGCGGCUCUGCUUAUUCUGUACUUGGAUUCAUGUAGAAAUUUGCCUAGUAUCUACGAGGGGAAUUUGGGUUGUGGAUACUUGAAAGAGAGGAAAGCUUCUGGACUGAUCUUUUGUGAAAACACCUCUUCCCUGUAUAGAACAUUGUUUUCAGGAAAGAAAAUCGGUAGCACGCCAAACCCCUAUGUACUGUUCUCUCUGGGUCAUACUGUGCAAGAAAGUAAGGUUAAACACAAGACCAUUGAGCCAGUGUGGGAACAGACAUUUACUUUCUUCGUCCACAAUCCUAAAAGACAAAACCUUGAAGUGGAGGUUAAAGAUGAAUAUCAUCAAAGUUCCAUGGGAAACCUGAAGAUUCAAUUGAAUCAGCUACUGACCAGUGAUGACCUGACCAUUAAUCAGAGGUUUCAGCUAAAUAAUUCUGGGCCUAACAGUACCAUCAAGAUGAAGAUUGCACUCAGGAUCCUCUAUGUUGAUAGACCUGUGCGAUCGUCUGAUGAGCAACAUACUUCCCAAGUAAAGAGGCCGUCCAUUUUCAAGGGGAAAACUCCAACACCUUCAACCUCAUCAACUACAGCAGAGACACAGAAGCCUCCACCAACACCAAAACUAGAUGCUAAUAAAACAAGUGUAAAUAAGGAGAAAGAGAGCUCACCAAGUGCUAGUCCCCAGAGACCAACAGAGCUACACAAAAGCUCUUCCAACCUCUCAGGUUCCAGCUUUACAUACUCUCCCUCACACCUGUCCAUGAAAGAGCCCACUCCCAGUAUCGCCUCGGAUAUAUCCUUGCCCAUAGCCACCCAGGAGCUCCGGCAACGGCUGCGACAACUUCAAAAUGGGACAACCCUGGGCCAGUCCCCGCUAGGACAGAUCCAGCUAACCCUUCGGCACAGCUCUCACAGAAAUAAGCUCAUGGUUGUGGUACAUUCCUGCCGAAACCUAAUAGCGUUCUCUGAAGAUGGCUCUGACCCAUACGUUAGAAUGUAUUUAUUGCCAGACAAACGAAGGUCAGGUCGAAGAAAAACCCAUGUGUAUAAGAAGACGUUAAAUCCUGUAUUUGAUCAAACCUUUGAGUUCAGUGUGUCGUUGCCAGAACUCCACAGAAGAACACUAGAUGUUGCUGUUAAGAACAGCGGAGGCUUCUUAUCUAGAGACAAAGGGCUGCUUGGAAAGUUAUUGCUGGACCUAAACUCUGAAGAAAUCACCAAAGGAUGGACACAGUGGUAUGAUUUAACUGAAGAUGGGACAAGGACGUCUGUUUCAAACUAGCCUAUCACAGCUCCUCACAAUGCACCUUUUAUCAGCAACUACAUAAUUAUAACUGUAUUGUGCUUGCAAAUUUUAUCAAUAUAUAUUUUUUAUAAAUCCAUUUAUUUCAUUA